CAAGAUGGCGGCGCUCGCCUCUCGCGCGCCUUCCGGCUUCCGGGCAUAGAGUUGGGUCUUCCCUCGUCUGUGUGGAUGCCGGAGCCUGGAGUCGCGGGGGCUGAGAGGGAGCCUGGCCGAGCCAGGGAGGCGGAAUCUGCGCGAGGCCUACCGCCGUCGAGGCGGGACGUAGCGGGGCGGGACGUCCAAAGCGUUGUGCCUUUCGUCAUUCCAGCCCCCCUUGCGAUCAGCCCUGCGAGCCUUAACUAACCCACCUUUGCUGCAGUGAGGUGUGCCUGGCUGAUAACAAAGAGGGAAUUGCUGGACAGCUGAGAAGAUCUUGCUUUGGGCAAGCAUCUGCCAUCGAGUUUUCCUGCCACCUGUCAAGCUGAAGAUGUGCUGAAGCCCAAAAGGGGACAGGGACCUCUUCAUUCUGCAGAGAUGGAUGAGAAGAGCUUGGAAGCAGCAAUCCAGACCUAUAACGCCCAGCUGCAGCAAGUGGAACUGGCUUUGGGAGCUGUGCCAGACCCAACACAGGAACCUGACCUGAUCCAACUGCAGGCGGAUUUAAAGCAGCUGAUAGAACUGACAGAAUCCAGCCUGGUUUCUGUGAAAAAGAGCAAACUCUGUGCAACUUUGGACCCAGCGACGCUCUCCACAUCUUCAUCCAAUCCUCUCCAGCCAGACAGGCCACUGAGCACAGAUGAUGAAUAUGCUGCUUUUAAGGAAGCCAUUUCUGAAAUGGGUGGAGAGGAUGAGUCCCCAGACGCUCAAGAUGUGGAGCAAGAAGGAGAGGAGGAGGAGGAAGAGGAAGAGGAGGAGGAGGAAGCCAGUGGGAUGAAAGUGAAAGCCCCAUACUACAGUUCUUGGGGGACCCUUGAGUACCAUAAUGCCAUGAUUGUGGGGAGUGAAUCUAUGGAAGAUGGAAGCCGAGGGGUCAGAGUGCUCUAUCUCUACCCCACCCACAAAUCCUUGAAGCCAUGCCCCUUCUUCCUGGACGACAAGUGUCGGUUUAACGAGAAUUGCCGAUUCUCCCAUGGGCAAGUUGUAUCUGUGGAGGAGCUGCGCCCCUUUGAGGAGCCCGACCUCAGCUGCCUUGCUGUGGGCUCAGCUUGCCUGGCAAGGCAUCAGGAUGGGAUCUGGUAUGCUGCUAAAAUCACCGACAUUGACAGCGGUUACUACACAGUGAAAUUUGAUUCGCUGCUCCUGAAAGAAGCAGUAGUGGAGGGAGACGGCAUUAUGCCUCCCCUCCGUGGUGAGGAGAGCUCAUCCUCAUCGGAGUCAGAAGGCGAUGACGUGGAUGAUGCCGGAUAUGCCAAAGUUAUCGACUCCAUCACCCCUGAGAAUGGGGAAGGGCCCUCCUCUUGCAGUUCCUCCUUCGGCAGCUGGGAGGCGCAUACGCGUGGCAUUGGCUCCAAACUCCUUGCUCAGAUGGGGUAUGAGUUUGGCAAAGGUUUGGGGAAGAAUUCGGAGGGCAGAGUGGAGCCGGUCUUAGCAGUUGUGCUGCCCAAAGGCAAGUCCUUGGACGAGUGUGCCGAGAUCCUCCAGAAGAAAAGGGAGGGGAAGAUUGAUCCAGCCAAGCCCAGAAAACGAAGGGCGAAAGGCAACCGAGCCGCCCGGCCUCCCCGGCAGGGCCCAAAGCCCUCCCGAAAUGUCUUUGACUUCCUGAAUGAGAAGCUUCAGGGCCAGGACCUCAGUGAGCAGGAGGCAGGGCUUGCACCCCUAGAGAGGAGCAGCAAGGAGAUCUACCACGCCAGCAAGAGCACCAAGAAGGCUCUGAGCGUCCGCCUCUUCCAGACGGUGGAGAAAAUCGACCAAACCCAGAAGGACAUCCGCGGGAUCCAGGAAGCCCUGGCACGCAACAUCGGGAGGCACACGGUUGCCGCAGCUCAGCUGGAGGAGAAGCUUGCCGGAGCCCACAAGAGACUGAGCGAGCUGCGGGCUCAGGAGGCCAGUCUCCAGCGAGAGCAGAAGAAAGCCAACACACACAAGAAAAUGACUGAGUUCUAGCCUCUCUCCUUCUCUCCCGCCCUUCGUCAGGCCGGGCCAUUUUCGCUGGUCUGGAAGCAGCCAUGCUGUUCUACAAGUGUGCAGGGAGGGAGACCUUGCUAUCUCUUGAGCUGGCAGACAGGCCAGUCCUGCUCUUCCUUCGUCCUGGCUGCACAGCUGGGCUCAAAGGCAGGUGCUGAGGAUGAGGUGGGUGGCCCAGAGCCAUGGAUACCUGAAUGCAAAGGUAGCCAGCGUGGGGUAUUCUAGGUGUCUCUGGGCUCAAGCUCCUAUCAUCCCUGACAGGGCCUGAUGAGUGUUGGCCACAUCACUGGCUCUCUUUUGUUAUGCAUAAUUGGCUUUCUAAAGAGAAAAGCUACAAGGUGGUGCACCUACAUUGGAGCUGCAGAGAAUGUUAAUCAGGCAUGGGAACCGCUAGUAGAUUCCUGCCCUUCUCCUGGCCGUUUCCUUGUCUGUCUCCGCCUCUCUGCCUCCCUUGGCAACUUCUUGGUGGUGGGUGAUCUCCCCACCCAACUCGCAACAGAGAAAAGCGCCACGAGAAGUAGGAAGAGAUAAGGUGGUUCUCUAGGACCCGUGCGAUUCUCCUGACUUGGAAGGAACUGCUGAAGUCUCGUGCGCGGCAUCCGCACCAAUAGUCAGGUGCUAGAAGUGUGGUAGCAUUAUCUCCCUGUGCAACUCCUGGGCGGGGAGGGUUUAACAGCCAUGUGAAAAGAAGCUUGUAGGGAGGCUGGCUGUUCUCGCUGGCCCAGACAAGCAGCAGUUCAGUUCUUUGAGGAUUCUUGGCCUAUAGUCCCGGUGCUUUCUCCCAUCAAAUCCCGGCAAGUUUGAAGGCAGAACUGCCUCCUGUAGGUUUCUCCUUAAAUCAGAGGUGUGGCCGUCCCCAUGUUGUUGGGACUCUAGUUCCCAUCAUCCUUGACCACUGGCUGCGGCUGAUGGGAGUUGGAGUCCCAACCACAUGGGGACAGCCACGUGCUUUGACGUCUACCCCCCCCCCCCGAACAACAACCAUCAGGUGGUGAGUUCUUCUGUGUUCAUGCAACCCCCUUCUGAAGCAUUUGCCUUCCGUCAGAACUGACAGCGGAGCAGAGAAAAGCCGCUAUCAUUCUUGCUCACUCCUGCAGCCCCACAGGAGAGAUAGCAUCAGAGAAGUGGGUAAAACUGUUUGGUCUCAGGAAGAAUGCUCUGCUGAGGAGAAGAGCAGUGUUGGGUUCUGCGUUUCGGGGCAGGCUUAGACAUCUGUGUAGCUUCCUGUGCACGUUUCCUUUCAGGUUUGUAAAGAUUAUUUUGAGUUAAAAGAACAAUUGUCAUGCUGA